GGUCAGAGGAGGUGGCGGCAGCGACAUGGGAAAGAUGGCGGCGGCCGUGGGCCCCAUGGCGACGCUGGCGGCGGAGCCGGGGGAAGACGCCUUUCGGAAGCUUUUCCGCUUCUACCGGCAGAGCCGCCUGGGGACCACGGACCUGGGAGGGGUCAUCGACUUCUCGGCGGCCCACCCGGCCUGCGGCACCGGGCCCGCGGCGCUCAAGGUGGUCAAGUCUCCGCUGAGCAUGUCCUCGGUCAGUGAACAUGAUGCCCGCCGGGUGGGACUGCGGCCUGUCAGCGCGUGGCGGGCCUAUGGCCUCGAGGGCUACCCCGGAUUUAUCUUUAUCCCAAACCCCUUCCUCCCCGGUUACCAGUGGCACUGGGUGAAGCAGUGCCUUAAGUCAUACUGCCAGAAACCUAACGUAUGUAACCUGGACAAGCACAUGACAAAGGAAGAGACCUGUGACCUGUGGGAGCAGAGCAAAGAGUCCCUCCGCAAUAAGGACAUGAAUAAACGAAGACCCCGAAGUUUGAUAGAGAAGUUGCGGUGGGUGACCCUAGGCUACCAUUAUAACUGGGACAGUAAGCAAUACUCAGCAGAUCAUUAUACACCUUUCCCUUCUGACCUGGCUUUCCUCUCAGAGCAAGUCGCCGCGGCCUGUGGAUUUCAGGGUUUCCGCGCCGAGGCAGGGAUCCUGAACUACUACCGGCUGGACUCCACGCUGGGGAUCCAUGUUGACAGAUCGGAACUUGAUCACUCCAAACCCCUGCUGUCGUUCAGCUUCGGACAAUCGGCCAUCUUCCUCCUGGGAGGCCUGAAGAGAGACGAAGCCCCCACGGCCAUGUUCAUGCACAGUGGGGACAUCAUGGUCAUGUCGGGCUUCAGCCGCCUGUUGAACCACGCGGUCCCCCGCGUCCUCCCGAGCCCCGAGAGCGCCAGCCUGCCUCCCUGCCUGGAAGCGCCCCUGCCCUCCGGCCUGCCCGCAGACGCGCUGGUGGAGCCCUGCUCCGAGGACGACCGGCGGGUGUGUGCCGCUUACCUGAGGACGGCGCGGGUGAACAUGACCGUCCGCCAGGUGCUGGCCCCAGACCAGAGCUUCCCCCCGGAGCCCACGGCGCAGCCCAGAGGAGAGCUCGCCGCCGAAGGGCCCCUCCACCCGCGUGAUCAGGAGAGCCCGGUGAAACGAGCCAGGCUAGACCCCGGCAGCUGAGACGGGGACACGGCG